AUGUUCGGAAUAUUUAAAGGAUUGUCUUACACCAUCUUGGUUAUUCUAUGUUUCUUUAAUUAUUUCAUUAAUAUUGUAAUUCACACUAUAUUUUGGAGGAAACAUUGCUAGAAAAGUAUUAGUUUUAGAUAUAAUCAUAGGCUCCUAUAAAUUACAUAGUUUUAAUAUUAUACUUAGUUUUCUUUGGAUUUACAUUUACAACUAUAUGCAUUUUUAUGGAAUUAAGUCUGAGACAAAUGGGUGUUUGGGUAACUUGGGGAAUUACUUUUUUAAUAAUAGCUUCAUUUAUGAUAAUAGGUUUUGUAAACAAAAAAGAGGUUUCUUUGAAAAGUACAAUUCAUUCCAUAUUUUAUAGUGGGGGCUAUUAUAAUUUUUGGUAUAUCCAUAAAAAAAAAAACAAAUAAUAAAAAAACUUAAUAUAAACUCAGAGCAUUAAAACUUGA